AUGCACGUAUUGUGGCAAGGUGGGACACACGGUGGAUCGUUGCUGGACAAAGCAGAAGAACGAAGGUCGGGGAGCCCGACGCGGCGGCAAUGGUCGUGGACGCGGGGGCUAACAAUGUCCAGUGGGGACAUCAUGAUGAAGGCAAUGGCUACGAUCGAGUGGCGUUUGCAGUCUCGUUCGAAUGUGGAGUUUCGACGAGCAAGGACGUGUCUGGAAUGUGGGCCGUCGACAGUGGUGCAACGCACCACAUUUGCCACGACAAGACCAAGUUCGCAAGUUUGGCAGAGCGCAAUGAGGGCGAACUUUGGUGGCUGA